CAAUCCAAACCAAUGGAUCUGUUUCAUUUCCAAAAACAAGCAAGCCUGCCAACUUAUAACAUAGCCUAUCUCCUAUUUUCCUUGUUUUAACUUCGGAACGUCAGACCCAGAGCUCUCCGAGAAAACAAUUUUUGUGUUGGCUUCUGGGUCUGAUCAACUUUAGAUUCUGGGUUCAUGGGUAGCUAUGCAGGAGCAUCGGCUGCCAUUUUUGUGACUUGGCUCCUCCUGCCUGCAGGAUUUUUUGUAGUUGUUAGUGGUCAGUUCAAUUAUAAGGAUGCCCUCACCAAAUCUCUGAUUUUCCUAGAGGCACAGAGAUCAGGGACUCCCCCAAAUAAUAGGAUACCUUGGAGAGGGGACUCAGCACUUGAUGAUGGGAAAACUGCAAAUGUGGACCUUACUGGGGGAUAUUAUGAUGCAGGAGACAAUGUGAAGUACGGCCUUCCCAUGGCUUUCACAGUAACAACUCUAUCAUGGGCUGCUAUCUCUUACAGGUCGGAGCUACAAGCAGCAGGGGAGUUGGACAAUGUUCACGCUGCCAUUCGCUGGGGCACAGACUAUUUUCUUAAAGCCAGUUCUAGACGUAAGAGAUUGUAUGUGCAGGUGGGAGACCCGGUGAUAGAUCAUCAAUGUUGGGUACGACCAGAAAACAUGCAAACAUCGAGACCUGUCCUGAAGAUUGAUGAGAGCACGCCCGGAACUGAGAUUGCAGCUGAAACUUCUGCAGCAAUGGCUGCUUCUUCAAUUGUGUUUAGAGGCAUAGAUCACAAAUAUUCUCGUCUUCUCCUCAACAAAGCCAAAUUGCUUUUCCAAUUUGCCAAAUCCCACAAGGGAACGUUUGAUGGAGAAUGCCCCUUCUAUUGCUCUUGCACCGGCUAUAACGAUGAGCUGUUGUGGGCAGCAUCUUGGCUAUACACCGCCACCAAGAGGUCCAUGUACUUGAAGUACAUACAAGAAGAAGCCAUCAGUGCUUAUGUAGCUGAGUUCAGCUGGGACCUUAAGUAUGCUGGAGCCCAAAUCCUUCUCUCAGAUUUGUAUCUUCAAGGAGAUAAGAGCUUUGAAAGCUUGAAGGUUCAAGGUGACAGUUUCAUAUGUUCCGUCCUUCCUGAUAGCCCUUAUCGCCAAAUUUACCAUACUCCAGGUGGUAUGAUUCACGUGAGAGAUGGCGCUAACACUCAAUACGUUACGGGAGCCGCCUUUUUGUUGAGCGUCUACAGUGAUGUGCUUGCCAAAUACAACCGAACAGUCUAUUGUGGUGCUGACAAGCAAUUCGACUCAGCCUACCUCAUGGCUUUCGCUAAGCAACAGAUGGAUUAUUUACUGGGACAAAACCCUCAAAAAAGGUCAUACAUGGUAGGAUUUGGGACCAAUUCACCAAAACAAGCACACCACAGAGGCGCUUCAGUCCCCAAGCUGUCCGCAGACUCAAUUCCGAGCUGUGCCUUGAGCUUCACCACAUGGUUUAAUAAUGAUUCACCAAACCCUAAUGAGCUCACAGGGGCCAUUGUGGGUGGACCUGACCGCUACGAUAACUUUGUUGAUAAGCGUUGGGAUUCUCCCAAGACCGAGCCAUGCACAUACAUUAAUUCUCUCGCCGUUGGUGUCCUAGCAAAGCUUGCGUCGGGACAUCAUGUCUAACGUAACUAGUCCGAUGAACUGAUCUGUCGAUCGUUUCACGCCAUAGCCGGGGCCAUGAAGACUUAUCUAGCUACACAAUAUAUUUCAAAAAUUUUUGCAGGCUUCUGCUUGCACUUGAUUAUUAACUGGCUAAUUAGUCUGGCAUCCUACGUCUAUUUCUGUACGGAAUCUAUCAUAGC